AUGAAGCUCACCAGCUCCGCUCAUUACUCUAUCUUCCUUCUAUCCUCGAUCCUCGGACUAUCUAGUGCAUCAUCUUCUACUCAUUUGAAAGAUGACGCUCCAUGUGUUGCCCGCUCCCCGACCACAGGGUUGUACUUUGACCUCAAUGCGAUCUCAUUAUCCCCGCCCGAAAUGAAGGACGGCAAGAAACUCCUGAAAGAUGCGCGGGAAGACAGCUGGUAUGCCAGGGGUCACGACUACCCAGCUAAUUUCACAAUUAACAUCUGCGCUCCGGUCAUUGAGAACGUGACGGACGUGGUCGGGAUAGAGUCGUCGCGGUGGAAUAACGUCAGUGCAUAUUACGAGCGGGAUAAUAAAGUAUAUUCCAUAGGACAACAAGCAUCCGAACCUUUCUUCCGCGGCCGCAAACUCGUCCUCAAUUAUACCAAUGGCUCGCCUUGUCCGGACUAUAACAUGGGCAGUUCCAAUGUCUCUACACGCACAAAGUCGACCAUCAUGUCUUUCCUUUGUGACCGCGACGCUGCGCCAAAUUUCGCCACAACUUCCUUUGUGGGCUCCAUGGAUGAAUGCGCCUACUUUUUCGAAGUCCGCAGCUCGGCGGCAUGUGGUGGAAUCGCCGCGGACCCCAACGCUGGCGGUUUGGGACCCGGCGGUGUAUUCGGUGUGAUUAUGCUGAUCGCCAUCGCCGUAUAUCUGAUUGGUGGCUGCGCCUACCAGCGAACGGUCAUGCAUCAACGUGGCUGGCGCCAGUGUCCGAACUUCAGCCUGUGGGCUGGGGUUCUCGACUUUGUUAAAGACAUGUUCGUGAUUAUAUUUUCCUCGCUGGGGAAUCUCCUCCGCUGCAAGGGAUCCCCCGCGAGUAAUGGCUACACCCGUGCGGAUUCCAAUGGCCGCGGCGGUUUCAUCGGCGCCAUCGGAGGACGAGGAGGACGCGGUCAGGGGCGUGACGUGGAUGCCGAGAACAGGCUCAUAGAUCAACUGGAUGAAGAGUGGGAUGACUAG